AUCUGAGAGCAGAAGUACAUCAGAUGAUUUAAGCUCAGUCUUCUCAGACGGCUCAGGAAGAGACGCGCGCGCGAUCUGUCACAGCAACUGUAUGAUUUAGACCUGACACGACCCAUUAUAAUGAACUGUACAUUGGCUUUGAUCUUGACUGCGAAAAUUACCGGCAGAUAAACAGAACCAGUACAAGCUGCUCACUUUCCGAUGUCAUAUCACCUGGAGGCAAAGUUGUGAUAUUAGACUAUGAAGAUCCUUUUCACUGACUCUUUGAAGCAAGGCUGUGGCUGUAAACAUGUCGGCUGAAGAGCUCAAGAUCUAACUGUGGACUUUUUCCAAACCUUCCUGAAACACUGAACUUUCGUAACAAGCUGUAGAUCUGCUUCUCUGUUAUAUUCCUUUGGCCUAUUGGUUAAACAAUGGCUUCCUACAUCCCCGCUCCCACAGAGGUGCCUUCUUCAGAAGCGUCGAAUGGAGACCUAAAAAAAAGCGUCUCUCAGGAGUCUAUGAAACUGAAAAAAGAAAUAUCUUUGCUUAAUGGCGUGUGCCUCAUCGUGGGAAACAUGAUUGGCUCUGGAAUCUUCGUCUCACCGAAGGGAGUGUUGAUAUAUAGUGCCUCAUACGGGUUAUCUCUGAUAGUCUGGACAAUUGGUGGGAUCUUCUCUGUUUUUGGGGCUCUUUGCUACGCUGAGCUCGGAACCACUAUCACCAAGUCGGGUGCCAGUUAUGCCUACAUCCUGGAAGCCUUUGGAGGCUUUCUGGCCUUCAUCCGUCUAUGGACAUCACUGCUUAUCAUCGAACCCACCAGCCAGGCUGUGAUAGCCAUCACUUUUUCCAACUACAUGGUGCAGCCCAUUUUCCCCACGUGUAUAGCACCCUACGCGGCUAAUCGUCUGCUGGCUGCGGCUUGCAUCUGCCUGCUGACCUUUGUGAACUGUGCCUAUGUCAAGUGGGGAACGCGGGUUCAGGACUUCUUCACCUACGCAAAGGUCAUCGCCCUCAUCGCCGUAAUCAUCACUGGCCUGGUCAAGAUUUUCCAGGGUCACACACAAAAUUUUGAGAGUAUGUUCUCAGGCUCAUCUCAGGAUCCUGGAGAUGUGGCCUUGGCGUUAUAUUCGGCUCUUUUCUCAUAUUCUGGAUGGGACACUCUCAACUUUGUCACUGAAGAGAUCAAGAACCCAGAGAGAAACCUCCCAAUGGCUAUUGCCAUUUCCAUGCCCAUUGUCACAGUGAUCUACAUUCUGACCAACGUGGCCUAUUACACAGUGUUGCCUAUUCCUGCCAUUCUGGACAGUGAUGCAGUGGCUGUGACAUUUGCAGACCAGGUAUUUGGGUAUUUUAAUUGGACGAUACCGCUUGCCGUUGCCCUCUCCUGCUUUGGAGGAUUGAACGCAUCUAUAUUGGCUGCUUCCCGGCUGUUCUUUGUGGGCUCCAGAGAAGGCCAUCUGCCAGACUACCUAUGCAUGAUUCAUGUUAGCCGCUUCACCCCCAUCCCUGCCCUGCUCUUCAAUGGUGCUAUGGCUCUUGUGUAUCUGUGUGUGGAGGAUAUCUUUAAACUGAUCAACUACUACAGCUUCAGCUACUGGUUCUUUGUGGGCCUGUCUAUCUUAGGACAGCUGUACCUGCGAUGGAAAGAACCAGACAGACCACGACCUCUAAAGCUCAGUCUGAUCUUCCCGAUUAUAUUCUGCAUCUGCACAGUGUUUCUCGUGGUGGUGCCUUUAUACAGUGACACCAUUAACUCAUUAAUUGGCAUUGGCAUUGCCUUAUCAGGAGUGCCUGUCUACUUCCUUUGCUGCCAUCUACCUGCCAACCGUAGGCCUAUGUGGCUCCGUAGGUUCAUUGCAUCUGCAGGUGUGCUCAUUCAGAAGGUGUGCUUUUGUGUCCUUACUGAGAUGGACACAGAUGACGUAAAAGCAGAGUAAAAAAAGGACCAACUAUAUACGAUACUUGAACACAGAGAAACAGGCUACUGAUGUGGCAACCUCAACUGAUGUCAUUUAAUCCAUUUGUCAUUUUUGAUCGAACAAGUGAGAACUUCAGAGCAAGUUCUUUAUAUUUAUUGGAAAUAUUUAUGCUGAAGAGAUGCUUUUAUUAAGUUUAUCACUGGUUUUAAAAUGAUAGGGACUAGUAAAUUGCCAGCUCAUGCUUAAGAAGAAAUCACCUUUGGACAUUGAGGUUGUUGCAGGGCUUGGCGAGAUGAUGAACUGAUAGCACUGAUAACAGAAGAAUUAUUAUGGGACGUGUACCUGCUUGAUAUGUGAAUUUUUUGUAUAUGGACAUUUUUGCUGACAAGAUUUUAAUUGAAUAUACAUUUAAAUGCUCGUACACUAAGGGGCAGUUUCCUGAACAGGGUUUAGAUAUAUCCAGGACCUUAGUUGUAUUAGGCCAUUUAAGUCGCUUUUAAAAACGAACCUUACAAAUAAACAUCACUGAUGUGCAUCUUAAGACAAAACAAUGGCACUGAUAUAUGUUAAGAUACGUCAGUGCAACCUUAAACA